CCCCGGCGCCAAGUACACGGCGAUAGCACAAUGGGCUCAUUGCCAACGGCGCAAAACGGGGCACGAACCCACGCUGUGGCUGGACAAGGCCUGCAUUGACCAGACCAACAUUGACCAAUCGCUCACGUGCCUGCCAAUCUUUCUCGCCGGCUGCCAAAAGCUGCUCGUUGUGGCGGGGCCGACCUUCUGCCGCCGCCUCUGGUGUUUGCUCGAGAUCUUCACGUUCCUCCGCAUGGGGGGCUCCGUCGAGCGGAUCGAGGUCCUAUUCAUUGCCGACCCGCUCAAGGAUCCAGCCCAAGCGCAGGCGGAGCUCACGGCAACGUUUGAGAACUUCGACGCGGCCAAGGCAGAGUGCUUCUUACCCAAGGACCGCGAGCGGCUUCUGGCGGUGAUCGAAGCGGGCUUUGGGGACGUUCGUGAAUUCAACAAGAUCGUGCGCCGAAUCUUCGCGGGGCGCCAAACCAGUCAGGCAGUAUAAGAGCAGCAUGUCCUCAAGCCGUCCAGCUUCAUGUUAGUACGGGCGG